AUAGAGACUUCCGGUGAUCAUAGCACUGCUGCGCGUUUUACAGCAGGUGGUGGAGAUUGGACGCUGAUGGGGGACGAAAAAGAGACCUGGAAAGUAAAAACUCUUGAUGAAAUCCUGUUGGAGAAAAAACGCAGACGAGAGUUAGAAGGGAAAACAGACAAUAAGCGCCAGAAAAACUUCUCACAGGAACUUGUUUCACAGUCGAAUGAUCGGGAAUCCAAACGAGACACUCCGGAGGAAGGAGAACUACGUGAUCAAAGAAUGGAAAUAACAAUUCGUAAUUCCCCAUACACAAGGGAGGACUCAACAGAAGACAGAGGAGAGGAGGAUGAUUCACUAGCAAUCAAACCCCCACAGCAGGUUGCAAGAAAGGACAAAUCUCACCACAGGAAAGAGGAGAAAAGAAAAGACAAACGGCGUCACCGCAGUCAUUCUGCUGAAGGAGGAGGAAAGCACGCACGAGUUAAAGAUAAAGAGCAAGACAGCGAUCGUAGGAAGCGUCGAUGGGAAGAAGACAAUGCACGGCGAAACUGGGAAAGACAGAAACGAAGAGACGAGGCCAGGGCUCAUUCACGCAGAGAGAGGGAUCGUCUGGAGCAGCUGGAGCGCCAGCGGGAGCGAGACCGAAAGCUUCGUGAACAGCAAAAAGAGCAACGGGAGUUCAAGGACUGGGAACGAAGAGCCGACGAUCGACCCAAAGAAAGAGGAACUCGACGAGAAAUGCCGUCCCAUCAUCGAAUGCUACCGGACAAAUAUGAAGACAAGCAGAAACAAAGUCACCACAGUCGUAGUCCCAAUCUUUCUCGGGAAAGAUCUGAGCAAAGUGAACCUCGAAAAAUUGCAACGUCUAAAGAGGAUAGGCCAGAUAUCAAGGACCUGCUUGCAGACCUCCAAGACAUCAGUGACACUGAAAGGAAGACCAGCACCGCAGAAUCCUCUAUAGGUGUAAUGGACAGAGGGUCAGGCACUGAAGGAGAGGAGGAGGAUGAAGAAGGAGAAGAGUCCAGCAGCCAGAGUGAGGGCGAGGAGGAUGAAGAGGAAGAGUCUGUUUCAGGUUCUGGACAUUCUGAGCAGAGUGCAGAGGACGUAAGUGAGGAGGAACAGUCAGAGGAAGAAGAGGAGAGGAAAAAUGGAAACCACAUACCUGCAGUACCAGAGUCCCGCUUUGACCACGACUCAGAGGAAAGUGGAGAGGACAUGGAGGACGAGGAGGAAGAAGAGGAGGAGGACGAGGAGGAUGAGGACGAAGAAGAAGGUGGAGAGGAUGAGCCCACCCCACACACUCAAACUCAUUCACGGUCCCCCACCCCUGAAGUUAACUACGUCCCAGAGUCCCCCCCAGUUUCACCUGUAGAGCUGAAGAAGGAGCUGCCCAAAUAUCUGCCGGCUUUACAAGGUUGUCGUAGUGUUGAGGAAUUUCAGUGUCUGAACCGAAUAGAGGAGGGAACUUACGGAGUCGUGUACAGAGCCAAGGACAAGAAGACUGAUGAGAUUGUUGCUCUGAAAAGGCUGAAAAUGGAGAAAGAGAAGGAAGGCUUUCCCAUCACCUCUUUAAGAGAAAUUAAUACAAUUCUGAAAGCUCAACAUCCAAACAUCGUCACAGUGAGGGAAAUUGUCGUGGGAAGCAAUAUGGACAAGAUCUACAUUGUGAUGAAUUACGUAGAACAUGACCUCAAGAGUCUGAUGGAAACCAUGAAGCAGCCCUUCCUGCCAGGGGAAGUGAAGACUCUUAUGAUUCAGCUCCUCCGAGGUGUCAGACAUCUGCAUGACAACUGGAUACUUCAUCGUGAUUUGAAGACGUCCAAUUUACUGCUGAGCCAUAAGGGGAUCCUCAAGAUUGGUGACUUUGGUUUGGCCCGAGAGUACGGCUCCCCUCUGAAGCCUUACACCCCUGUCGUGGUGACUCUGUGGUACCGAUCGCCAGAGCUGCUGCUGGGAGCCAAGGAGUACUCUACAGCUGUGGACAUGUGGUCAGUGGGCUGCAUAUUUGGCGAGCUCCUCACCCAGAAACCUCUUUUCCCUGGAAAAUCUGAAAUUGACCAAAUUAACAAGAUUUUCAAGGAUCUGGGAUCAGCCAAUGAGAAGAUCUGGCCUGGCUACAAUGAACUGCCUGCUGUGAAGAAGAUGACCUUCACAGAGUAUCCCUACAACAACCUGCGGAAACGCUUUGGAGCUCUGCUGUCCGACCAAGGAUUUGAUCUCAUGAACAAAUUCCUCACCUACUGCCCCAGUAAGAGGAUCUCGGCUGAUGAUGCUCUGAAGCACGAGUACUUCAGAGAAACACCCCUCCCCAUCGACCCCUCCAUGUUCCCCACCUGGCCCGCCAAGAGCGAGCAACAGAGGGUGAAGAGAGGCACCAGUCCUCGUCCACCCGAGGGAGGUCUGGGAUACAGAAACCUGGGCGACGAUGACCUGAAAGACACCGGCUUCCACCUGACAACCAGUAACCAGGGAGCGUCUGCAGUCGGACCUGGAUUCAGCCUCAAGUUCUGAACCUGAAGCUGCAGGAUACUUUGCUGCGUACCAGAGAGGAAGGACGCAAAGAUUUCUGGGACUUGUUUGAAGCCAGACAUUUUGCAGUUCAAGGCCAGAUCAGUAUCUGAUUGAUCAGCUGUUUAUCAGACACACGGGACUGUCUUAACAAAAAGACUCAUGACUUUUAAAUAUGUGGAAUUUCAACGUCUCUGUUAUUCAUCAGCAAAUUAACCGUUACACAAGAUGGUUUUUGCUCCUCAGAAAGAGGCAACCAUAACCCUCUUAAGUUUAGCUUUGUUUGACUUUCUUAGAUUGGUAUUUCCUGGCUACAUGUGCUACUGUAUAAUAAAUGCAGCGUUUGCUGUAUGUUCCAUUCGGCAUUAUGUUGGAAAUUUACCGGGAAACGU